UCGUGGAUUAAUAAAACAAAGCAAACAAACCCAAAAACACAAACCUCACUUCUCUUUCUCUCUCUAACUAACAACCAACAAACUUUCUCUGUCUAGGGUUUCGAACACGAGCUCGCUCUCACUCUCGCUGUGCUCACCACAAUCCUAGGGCUCCUCUUUCACCCUUCGCGAUCGACGAAGCUUCAAUUGCCCUAGUUUCCUCUUCGAUUCAGCCUCGUUCGUCUGCUGAGGUUUGCUAAUUGCGAUUCUUCCGCUCUUGCUUUUGCUGAUUCUCAAGAUUAUCGUGCAGAAAGGAUUGUAGUGAUCAGUGGCAAGCUAGAAGUAGUUGUUAGGGUUAUUGGGAUUUUUAAGGUGGCGGGCGAAUGUUGCUUGAUGCUUGAUGAUAGUCGCAAUGGACUUGAAUGCCUCGCCGGUCCCUGAGGAAGAUGAAGAUACUUUUGAGGAGAGGAUACAUGUCGAGGAGUUUACUGCACCCGAAGAGCGCAUUGAAUCUGGAGCUGAUAUAGCACGCCGGGAGCGUGAAGAAAGAAAGAGACGGUUGAAGCGAGAACGUUCAGAUGACAGACCCAUGCAAGUAUCUCAGUCAACCGGAUAUGAUCCGCCAUUUCAUACUAAGAUCCUUAAACAAUAUGAUACAAGUAGACUUCCUCCGGGAUGGUUGGAUUGUCCUUCAUUUGGCCAGGAAAUUUGUUUCAUGAUACCUUCCAAGGUUCCACUUGGUGAAGCAUACAAUGAUUGUGUUGCUCCUGGUAAAAGAUACUCAUUUAAACAAGUGAUACACAACCAGAGAGUUUUAGGCAGAAAACUUGGUCUUGUGAUUGAUUUGACGAAUACCUCCCGAUACUAUCCAGUCACAGAUUUAAAGAAAGAGGGCAUCAAGCAUGUUAAGAUUCAAUGCAGGGGGAGGGAUUCUGUACCUGAUAAUUUAUCUGUGAACAAGUUCGUAUAUGAGGUUAUUCAAUUUAUGUCGCGCCAAAAACACGCGAAGAAGUAUAUACUUGUUCAUUGUACACAUGGGCAUAAUCGUACAGGAUACAUGAUCAUCCAUUAUCUCAUGCGUGCUACAUCAAUGUCUGUUACUCAGGCAAUAAAAAAUUUUUCUGAUGCACGCCCUCCGGGAAUCUAUAAACCUGAUUAUAUUGAGGCAUUGUAUACAUUUUAUCAUGAAAAAAAGCCUGAAAUGGUAGUUUGUCCUCCUACUCCGGAGUGGAAAAGAUCUUCUGAAUUUGAUCUCAAUGGUGAGGCAGUUCCAGAUGAUGAUGAUGAUGGAAUACCAGGCCCUGAUUUGCAGGAGACACAUGAGACAGACGCACGAAUGACAAAUGAUGAUGUUUUAGGAGAUGAGAUACCUGCUGAUCAGCAAGAUGCACUUCGACAGUUCUGUUAUCAAACACUUAAAUUGGGUGCUGGGGCCAGAGGACAUACACAAUUUCCAGGUUCACACCCAGUUUCUCUCAACAGGGAUAAUUUGCAGUUGUUACGACAACGCUAUUAUUAUGCAACAUGGAAGGCUGAUGGUACACGAUAUAUGAUGCUAAUAACAUUGGAUGGGUGUUUCUUGAUAGAUAGAAAUUUUAAUUUUCGAAGGGUCCAGAUGAGAUUUCCUUGCAGGAGUACAAAUGAUGGCUUGGGCGAGAAGACCCACCAAUUCACAUUACUUGAUGGUGAGAUGGUUAUUGAUACCUUGCCAGAUUCACAGAAGCAGGAGAGAAGAUACCUUAUAUAUGAUAUGAUGGCAAUCAACCACGUAUCAAUAAUAGAGCGACCCUUCUAUGAACGGUGGAAGAUGCUUGAGAAGGAAGUGAUUGAACCUAGGAACCAUGAACGACACAGUAUAUACCAGAGCAGAAAUCCUUACUAUAGAUAUGACUUGGAACCAUUCAGGGUGAGGAGGAAAGAUUUUUGGUUGCUCUCUACUGUCACAAAGCUUUUAAAGGAAUUCAUAAAAAGACUCUCGCAUGAGGCAGAUGGUCUUAUAUUUCAGGGUUGGGACGAUCCAUAUGUACCACGCACUCAUGAAGGACUCUUAAAGUGGAAAUAUGCUAAUUUGAAUUCAGUUGAUUUUCUAUUUGAGGUUGAUGGUGAUCGUGAGCUACUUUUUCUCUAUGAGCGUGGAAAGAAGAAACUCAUGGACGGAAAUAGGGUUACAUUCGGAGAUGACUCAGAUCCCUCAGUUUAUGCUGGAAAGAUCAUAGAGUGUUCCUGGGAUUUUGAUGAACUGGAAUGGAAAUUCUUGCGAGUCAGGACAGAUAAAUCAACUCCAAAUGAGUUUAAUACAUACAAGAAGGUGAUGCGAAGCAUAAGAGACAACAUUACGGAGGAGGACUUAUUGAAUGAAAUAGAUGAGAUAAUCCGGCUGCCUAUGUAUGCUGACAGGAUAAGAAUGGAUAGUAAAGCAACUCAGCAUGCAAAUGCUGCAAGACGUAAGCAAUGAUUGGUGGUGGUGGUUAGAUAGGAACUUAUGCUCACAAGUGAGAACAAGAUCAAAUGUAUCCAGUGAUGUCUGGCUCUGAGAUUUAUUGGAAUUUGUUUAGGAUUUGGCUAUGUAUUACUAUUUAGCCAUUAACCGAAGGUUGCUUCUAUUAUGUAAUUAUUAGUUCUUGCGGUAAUUGCUGCUGAGUUGUGUGAUGCAGGUGGUACCGCACAAAUUCCGGCCUGAAUCCAUUUCCUAUGGUUGUCCAGAUCAAGAGAGUUAGGUUUAGGAUCUCAAUGUAUAUUAUCAUUUUUCUUUUUUUAAUUAGUGAUUAAAAGUUAUUCAAAGGGAGCUUUUCUUGAUGUCAAAGUUCCCUUGCAUUGGCUAGAAUUUCCCGAAUGUGAAUAUUCAUGUAGAACUAACCAGUCUUCCGCUCUCUUUUCAUGUUUUAUUUUCCAAUCACUCAAUCAUAUUCAUAUUUUAGUUAA